GCUGCAGGCCAGGCCGGGCUUCACUCCUACCCCGCUCUUAGUUCCCGAGGUGACAGGGCGCGCGGCCGGCCAGUCGUUCCGUUACCUUCCACUCUGCGAUUCUUGGCUAACUCUCCCCCCACCCCUCACCUCUCCCACCGCUCACUCCCUCUCCCGCAACAAGGCUCCUCAUCGCCUCCUUCAGUGCGCCAUACUAUUAGUGGAACAAGAGCCAAUCACUGUCAUCACCCGGUGUAUAUCAUAAGACCUGGAAAACUAAACUGUGGUGUGGUAUUGUGCAUAAUGACCCAGUGAAACGAACCCCGUAAAAAUAAUGUAUGAUUUUAGAGAAGUGGAUCGUGAAGUGGAUAUUUGUAAAGCCAUCUCUAAUAGUUACGAUGUUUUUCCAGUGACGAAAUGAAGGCCAGAGUAAACACGAGUGGAUAGGUGAACCUUGGUCGACGUCGGCAGAGCGUGUUGUCGUGGACGUCGUUCUCUGGCUGAGUGUGUCGUCGUGUGUUGUGAUUCACGGAGGGAAAAUGGUCCAGCGAGGCUCCGUGUGGACCAGCCAGGGUGUGCUAGACUCUUUGACUCCUCUUCUCUAGUGGGUUCACGUGUCGCUUCUCCCAUUUUGUUUUUCACUGGACGAACAUAAUGUUAUUUUGAUAUGAAGAUUUGCGUCUCUUCUUUUGUAUUUUUUUAAUGAUAUUCUGAGAUAAAAAAAUAUAUAAUCUUUUCUUGCGUUCUCUCAGUCACUGGUGCUAGGAAAGAACAAGUAGGAACUUCAGUGUUAAUGGAAGGUAAUAAUGUACACGUGUUACUGCCGUGAGUUGCCUGAGGACCAUGGUGGGGAGAAGCACGAAACAUAUGGUAUUUACCUAAUGUACCGUCAGAGACUAUAGUGUUCAGUGCACACAACCUAUGUUAUUCUCAGUGACUCAGGUAAUGAAAACAAUGUGUACAGUAGAUAGAACUGUUCUUGUGUACAUCGUCACGUACAAGCGGCCACUUACAUGACUGACCAACACGUGACCACUGAAGGAAGAUCUUAUAGAUAUAAUUUGAACAAAGUUAAAGAAAAGGCUUAAAGCGUGAGGUCACUUGAGACGCUGAGAUGGAGAGCCAAGUUGAACAAGGUCACAGGACUAUUGGCCUCCCAGUGUUGAGUAUGGAGGAGGAGGUGAGCUGGCCAGAGGCACGCUGUGGGAGGUGGAGGCGUUAUCUGGCCUUCACUUGGUGGUGGUCGCUGGUCCUGGGCAGCAGGAGGGGCGCCACCACCCCCCCGCUGUAUAAACUGCUGCUCCUCACCACCCUCAUCCACCUGGCCGGCGGCUCUGACGUCAUCAGAAUAGGUGGGCUGUUCGACCCUACAGACGAUCGUCAGGAGGUCGCCUUCAGAUACGCCGUCGACGCCAUCAACAGCGACAGAACUUUACUGGCCCACGCCCGUCUGUCUGCCCAGAUUGAGGAGAUCCCACCCAACGACUCCUUCAGGGGCUCUAGGAAAGUUUGUUCACUUCUUAAAUCUGGAGUCGCCGCUAUCUUUGGUCCACAGUCUGGUCAAACCUCAUCUCACGUCCAAUCGAUCUGUGACGCUCUGGAAAUACCGCAUAUAGAGAAUAGGUGGGACUUUAGACUUACCAGAGACGCGUACUCCGUCAAUCUCUACCCCCAUCCGUCAACUCUAGCCAAGGCGUAUAUGGACGUGUUGAAGACUUUGGGGUGGCGUAAGUUCUGUGUCAUCUACGAGAACAACAAUGGUCUCGUGCGUGUACAGGAACUCCUCAAGAACUACACCUGGAAGAUUAACCUCAGACAGCUUCCAGUCUCCGACGAUUACAGACCGAUGUUGAAGGACGCCAAGAAAGCCGGGGUGACUCACGUUGUCUUGGAUGUAGAGCGUAAGAACAUCUUCAACGUACUCAAGCAGGCGCAGCAGAUAGGGAUGAUGACCUCCUACCACAAUUAUUUCAUCACCUCCCUGGAUCUACACACAGUGGAGCUAGAGGACUUCCGUCAUGGGGGCACGAACAUCACCGCCCUCAGGAUAGUCGACCCAGAGAACACCUUGGUCCAGCGGGUGAUACAGGACUGGGUGUUCGGUGAGCUGCGUUACGGCCGCACCAUAGAUGCCCCGACCAGCACACUCAAGGACAGUAAUAUGACUUUCUUGAAGACGGAGGUGGCGCUGAUGUAUGACGCGGUGCAGCUCUUCGCCAAGGCCCUACACGACCUGGACCGCUCCCGCCAUAUCGACGUGACGCCCCUAGAGUGUGACGGAGACAUUACCUGGGUCCAUGGUAACUCCCUCAUCAACUACAUGAAGUGGGUCCAGGUGAACGGGCUGACAGGUCUCAUCAAGUUCGACACAGAAGGCUUCAGACGUGACGUAACGCUUGAUAUUGUGGAGCUGACGAAGGAAGGACUGGACCGUGUGGGCAGGUGGGACCCAAACAAUGGAGCCAACUAUACCAGAACGUUCAGCGAGGUACAGCAAGGCAUCGUUGAGAGCCUUCAGAAUAAGACCCUCAUCAUUACUAGCAUUCUUGCCGCCCCUUACACCAUGCUCAGGGAAACGUCAGAACAGAUGACGGGUAAUGAUCGCUAUGAAGGCUUCUGUAUCGACCUGAUUCAAGAGAUUUCGCAGAUCCUGGGUUUCAACUAUACCAUUAAGAUCGCAGGAGACAGUCAGCACGGCAAGCUAGAUAAGAAACUGAACAGGUGGAACGGCAUGAUUGGCGAGCUACUAGAUCAGAAAGCGGACGUAGCUAUUGGGGACCUCACCAUUACCUAUGAGAGGGAACAGGAGGUCGACUUCACUAUGCCAUGGAUGAACUUAGGCAUCACUAUCCUGUACCGGAAGCCCACGAAGAAGCCUCCAAAUUUAUUCAGCUUCCUCUCGCCGCUGUCCCUUGACGUUUGGCUCUACAUGGCAACUGCUUACCUCGGUGUCUCCCUCCUACUGUUCGUUUUAGCAAGGUUAUCUCCCUACGAAUGGUUCAACCCUCACCCUUGUGAUCGAUUCCCGGCCAAAUUGGACAAUGAAUUUUCUCUCCUCAAUUGCCUGUGGUUCUGUAUUGGUUCUCUGAUGCAGCAGGGAGGAGAUCUCUUGCCCAAGUUAAGUCCCUAUGAAUGGAUCUCCUCCUUUCCCUGCAGAGAAGACCAAGAGAAAACUUUGGAAAAUCAAUAUAGUCUCUUCAAUUCGCUGUGGUUCACUAUGGGCAGUCUCCUCCAACAGGGUACAGAGCAGCAGCCAAAGGCGGUGUCUACACGUAUCGUGGCGGGUAUGUGGUGGUUCUUCACCCUCAUUAUGAUCUCCUCCUACACCGCCAACCUCGCCGCCUUCCUCACCGUCGAGCGCAUGGAGUCUCCCAUUGAGUCAGCGGAGGACCUCGCCAAGCAGACCAAGAUAAAGUACGGCUCCUUGUCUGGCGGAUCUACCUGGGGCUUCUUCAGUACCUCCAAGAUGCCCGUCUACCAGAGGAUGUUCAGCUUCAUGGAGUCACAGAAUCCCACAGUGUACACCAAGUCCAACGAAGAAGGGGUGAAGAGGGUGCUGAAGGGGGAUGGUCAGUACGCCUAUAUGAUGGAGUCGUCUAGCAUCGAGUACAUCACGGAGAGGUACUGCGAUUUAACUCAGGUUGGAGGACCUCUCGACUCUAAAGGCUACGGUAUUGCUCUCCCUCCAGGCUCACCUUACCGCACGCUGAUCAACUCCGCUGUACUGAAGCUGCAGGAGAUGGGAAGACUGCAGGUGCUGAAGCAGAAGUGGUGGAAGGAGAAGAGGGGCGGGGGAACCUGCGAGGAUGACGAGUCUAAGAGCUCAUCGAAAGCCAAUGAACUGGGGCUGAACAACGUGGGAGGAGUGUUCGUGGUGCUCCUCGCUGGGAUGGGUUUGGCCUCUGUCGUCGCCGUGUGUGAGUUCGUCUGGAAAUCAAGAAAAUUGGCCACUGAAGAGCACGCUUCCGUUUGGACAGAAAUGAGUAAGGAACUCAGGUUCGCCCUCUCCUGCUACUCGUCCUCCAAGCCCGUGAGGAAGAAACCGCCGGAGCAGGAGAACGGACCAUCCUUCCUCUCCAUGAACACCUAUGACUCCACCUACACCACCUCGCAGUAUUCCUUCUCAUCUAAGGACCCAGUCUCAUGACAGCUACCGGAACCGGCGAAUCAAGAGUCGUCAGAAAAGCUCGGGCCAGACGACAUCCCGACACCCCCUCUGGUGGCGGCCAGGAGCAACCAGUCCCUAGACCGAGUGUCCCGUAGGUCCGCGCCCCCAGCCACCCCUGAGUCCACCCCUGAGGUCCAGCAGGAGACCCCCGGGGGCCUCCAGUCUCCCGACCUUCCCUUCCAGCUGAUCUCCACAGUAUGACACUAGGGCAGCCUAGGUCAUCGUCGUCGACCCCCUCGCCACACAGCCAUCACCCACAUAGCGCGCUCUCAGCUUUAAAGUAAAAAAGAAGAGAAUUAUUAAUCAUUAUUAUAAGUUUGGAAGAAGGUAAAUGUUAUUGUAGUUCCUGAAGACGGUAACAGCACUCAUCAUCACAGUUCUACAAUACCAGUUUGUAUGUGGAGUCGUGUGUGUUAUGUUGGUCGCAAUAUUUGACUGAUCGUUGUCUUUCAUAAUGACUAUACUUGUGGUGCCAGAGUAUAGAUGGAGCAGUUGUCGUACGGCUUAAAGUACAACUUUCUGGGUCAAGUUUGAAAGCCUGAAUUAAGGAAAUUGAAAAUCUAUUUUCGUAAAUAUAUCAUCCAAGAAUAAGUGUAACACCAAUUUUCCUGAGUACUAAUCUCGGUAUUACGUGUGAUAAAGUGCUGUUACCUGUGAUGUAUAACAAGAAAUUGCAUUCAUAUCUGAGCAUUUUCUUUUUUUCAUAAACAAACUAUAAAACAAUAGAGUUAGAAACCUAUUUUUGCAGCCGUGGAUCCUUUGAGUAACUGGUGUAAUGGUUGUGGAACACAGAGGAAGACGACGCGGUGGCCUAGGUAUUGUACACUGUCUCAUACCAUCACCUCACCUCAAUAUGAUCGCUCAACAAGAAGCAAUAUUCACAUAACUCGAAUCUUUACAACACAUUAACGCUUUUGACAUACGAUUUCUGACUGCCAGAGCUUAAUCAAAUUUAGUAAGAAAAAAACCGAAGACUUAGAAUUGCAAGAUAAGUGUGAAUAACUAGACAACUUACAAACAACGUCACUUGGAUCAUCUUGGUUACGUGAGUUAGUUGGAGUGUUUACGUAUGGCAAUUAUCUUCAUCAUAGCUGCGUGUAGGACCACCAGUGACCCCUUCCCCUUACCACAUCCAUCAUGUUAAUAUGAACGUUAUGUGAAAGAUGUUGUCCCAGCUGUCAGUGAGCGUGGAGAGGCAGGAUGUUUUCGUCCCAGCUGUCUGUCGGUGAGCGUGCAGAGGCAGGAUGUUUUCGUCCCAGCUGUCGAUGAGCGUGCAGAGGCAGGAUGUUUUCUUCCCAGCUGUCGGUGAGCGUGGAGAGGCAGGAUGAUGACAAAUAUAAUUAGGAACAUAAACUCUCAGGAUAUGACUGCGACGAUAAGCUAAACUAAUCCAUUUGUUUGUUACGUCAUCCUUUGUUUAUGUGGUGAGCUUGUAGCAAGACUCAUUUAUAAGUGACGAAAAACAACAAGAAUACCAUCAACAUAAGCCACAUUGUGUUUACAGUUCGUGUGUAUCAUUAGACUCUACCUGUACUAAAUUAAUUCUGAUAUUUUAUAAGUAAUAGGAAAUCAUACAAGGACAUAAAGAGAUCCAGUUAAAUACAUUAAUAUAUUCUGCAAUAAGUUUACGGAUGUUAUUUUAGUGAAGUUUAAGAUACGUAAUGUUUCCAAAAUAAACUUUGUCAUUACAUCUGGCGAGAUUAACAGUUCGGUCCUACAGUCAUUCAGUCACUCUGUCAAAAACUUUCGUAAAUUUAAGCAUCAAACUCGACUUUUUCUCGAGAUAAGUGAAUAUAUGUUGUGUGUCUGUACCUGUUAUUGUUCUUGGUUAAGGUGUAUCAUGAAAAACAUUACAGCCUCAAGAAAUAAAGUUUUUGACAGUGUGAAAAGUUAAAUCAAACUUCGAAAAUAGAACGAGACUUUUCUUAGAUGUUAAAGUGUUACAUAAAACAAACUUUUAUACUUAAGGAAAUACAUCAUUCUAUGCAUCACAACUGAACAUCCAAUAUUGAGGGUUUUUUCGUGAAACAAUAGACCACAGGACCAAGAGAGUUGAUCUUGCCACAUGUGCCCAGGGACCAAUCCUACUACUGUCAUAGGUAAUACUUGGGAGGGCGACACACCCUCCAGGAGGAAGCUGUUCUCUCACCACGCUCAAGUAUCAGAGCGUCUCGGUACGUCUCGGUGACCCACGUGUCAAAGGUCAAUACUGAUCUCACUCUGGUGUCGUAAAUUUAUAACAGGUCACGUGUUGAGUGGUAGUUCAUGGCUGACAUAACCUUGUUGUUACUGUUGGUAUGUUAACAAGAUGUACAACUCUUCAGUGCGGAGAUGAGGUUCAUACAGUCAAGUGUUAUAUGUGAAGCAUUGAUUUUAAAAAGUCCACAGUAUGUAUUGGUAAAUAAUAUGAAUAGUUACAAGACACAACCAAAUUCUCAUAUCUGACGCCAAUAACACGAAAGACACUGCAGAAGGUGAUGCCAACAGCGACUGGUAUAAAGGUUGUCACUGGGCUCGACCACGCAGGUACUGAUCACCGCGGGAAGGAAGACUAAGUUAUCAUAUUGAAGAGGACAAUUUGUGUGAGUUUUGUAAUACGGAACAAAAAAAAAAGAGGAAAUUUAUAUAUUUGUACUGUAAGUCUGUCGCUAACACAGCUCUUGAACCAUGGCUCAAGAUGCUAUGAGCUGUAAAGUAACUUGUAUACAUUCGUCUGUGUGACGCCGCGACACAUGACUGGUGAUACAUAGGAAAAAAUUAAUUAAGAAAAAUACAUCUGAAAAAGACUGAUAAGUAUACCCAAGUGAGUAAGAGCUCGGGGUCACUUUGUCUACUUCUCGCCUCAAAUGUUUGGUAAAUAUUUUUCUCAGUGAGGGAGAGCUACUUGACGCUGGCCUCUGCAAUAACGUUAUAGUGCUAUACAUUAGUUACUUUUUAUAGAGAGAGAGAGAGAGAGAGAGAGACUGUUAAUGCUUGAAAAUUUUCUACGAUUUUAGGAUCUGGGGAAAGUCUGUAGUAGUGACGGACUCGCUGGAUAACAUUUCUUAAUAUUUUUGUUUUUAAUUGAUAAUAUGAGAGAUGAUCCGUCACUUACUACACAGAGUCACAUGUUGCGAAUUGUUGAGUGUUGAGUGUUGUCCCCGGGUAAAAAGAGUUUUAUACGUAAACUUUGCUGUUAUGUGUCGCCGCUACCACACCACCCACUCCUCUUAGACACACCAAGAAAAUUUGAAAAUUUUACAAAAAAAAAUGAUUAAUAACUAUACAUGUAAUACUGUCCCUAAAAAAAUGUUGUUCUAUGUUAAUUUUAGUUACAAAAUACUGAAGUCUCUCCUGUAAUUCUUAACACACACACACACACACACACACACACACACACUAACCAAACCCGGUACACUCCUGAGGCUGGGUUCCACACUAGCCACUAAUGCUACACCUUCCUGAUACACACCUCUGGAGCCUGGUGAGCUAACUGUGUACCUGACCAACACCUACACCCCAUCAUCAUGUCUUCCCCUUUAUGGAAUUUGGACUGAAUUAAUACAAGACUUUCCACUGAUCUUACUUUCCUUAAUACUUAACCAACAACGGUACGACACUUAAGCUAACCUAACCUAGUGAAAUGUAACCAAACGUAACUUAAGUGAACUAAUAUAACCUAAGUAAACUAACUAACAUAACCUAAGCUAACCUAACCUAACAUAAGCUAACUAUCACAUAACAUAAGCUAACUAACUCAUCACAUAAGUUAACUAACAUUAUAUUGGUGAACUUAAAUAACUUCACCUAAUAUAACAUUAAUAACCUAACCUAACCUUUAAAAAAAUGUGACCUAAUGACCUAAACUAAUAGAACGUAACCUGACAUGACCUGCAGUAGGAAGGUUAUAUCCAUCAACAGUGCCACAGGGACCUUCCACUCAUACCUGAACCAUACGAGCACAAAAAUAAAUGAACUCAAAUAUAUGUUGCUUAAUCUCUCUUGACAUGAAGGUUUGUCUUUUUUUUACGUUGUCAAAUAUUUUUCGACUAGUGAAAGGUGACCGGCUACACACACACACACACACACACACACACACACACACACACACACACACAUUCUACCUUCAUUCGCUCUCAGUCUAUUCACUCUUACUGCCUCUGACACUUGUUUUGUUAUAGUGAUAAGUAAGAAUUGAAUGAAAGACACCAAAUGAAGAGAGAGAGAGAGUGUAUAUAUAUAUAUAUGUGUGUGUGUGUGUGUGUGUGUAUGUGUGUGUGUUUGCGUGUUCAUAAUUCCAAUCACUUUACAAUACAUGAACAACAAAAUUAUAAAACAGUACAGAACACACAUUAUUUUCUCAACACCUGCUAACCCAACAACACUACCUGAUACAACACCCAGCACAAGGAACACUCAACUCAAACUCCCUAAACACACGAACGAGACAAUCAAUAUUAAACACCAUCACCGCCAACUCAACACCAUCACCGCCAACUCAACACCAUCACCGCCAACUCAGAUAAUCCAGGAAUUUGUCAGGAAAACAACACAAAACAAACACAAAACUCACAACACAGACUCCAGAGGUGUUACUAUAUAUAAAAUCCUUCAUAUGUUAAUGUACAUAAGUUGUUGGUAAACCAUGUAAUGUAAUUGUUAUUGAAGACUGAAAUAUAAAAAAAAAAGUUGAGAUGCAGGAAAAAUUAUAGGAACCCAAUGUUUACUUUUGCGUUGCUCAUCCUCCUCCUGUUGACGCCGACGACCUUCUCUCGCUGGUAAAGAAGACUACAACUCCUCUCUGUAUUAUAAUGCCUCUUACUCUCCAUUUGUAUACGACAUGUACCAAAUAAAAGAAAAUUAUAAGA